AUGAAAACAGGAGGGGAAAUGAAUUAUUUGGAUGUGAAGACCAUAAAUCAUGGUUCUGAUUUAUUCAGCUCUGUGACAUAUGUUUCCAUGGAGCAUAUCGUUUUAACUCUUGCCGGAACCGAGUUUGACUAUCAUUACGACUCUAAUGUAUACGACACCUGCUAUUUCAUUGAUGGCACAUUUGAAAAUCAACGAAAAAUCUAUGAAGUUGAUGAUUUCGCUCCGGACAAAGACCGAGAUUUCACAACCAUUGCCCAUCACUUAACAAUUGUCAGUUUGCAAGAAAAAGUGAUUCAAGUCGUCCUGAAUCCAGUUUCUGAAGUUCAACAGUUCGACGACCUAUAUGCAGUGCCUGUCACUAAUACCAGUGAAGUUUAUUAUACAACCAACAACGAUGCCUACGAAUUUGUGAAUUUCGAUUCUGUUGGAAUUGUCAUGGAGGUGGUCAAGGUUAUAACGUGGCCAUGUCGAGCUAUAGUUGUAAAUGGACCACCAAACGCAGAAUCAAAAGUUCUUUUGAGUCUUGAUUCCAAUCCAACCAAGCCUCAAAUCUUUAAUGUAAAAUAUCUUACAGUUGUUUCUUAUGAAUGCAUUCAAAUUCCGGAUUCUGUAAUUUUCGAUGAUAGCACAACUUAUAUUCCGGGCAAGGAUGGUUCAUUGCAAACAAUUCCUGCCAAUUUUAAUUGUGUUUAUAAUAUUUCUGUUCCCACGAAUUCUACAGAUGGCUUAUAUGCAGUUGUAACAGUUUUGAAUGGUCUGAAAGGCGUUAAUGAUUUCAUGCUAGUCACUGAAACCACAGGAAAACUAGUCAAAAUCACCAGCAGUUCCGAUUUUCUGCGCUCAUUUAAAAUGGUACCUGGAUCACAAAUGAGUGUACAAGUGGUCACUAAAAGUGUUCAAAUGAACUCACAAUUUGAGAUUACUGUACAAUAUCAUGCCGCGAUAAUUGGAGAUAAUUUAAAAAUGAAAACAGGAGGAGAGAUGAAUUUUGUGGAUGUCACAGCGAUAGGGGAUAGUUCCCGAUUUUUUAAUUCAGUGACUUAUACUGGAACUGAGCCGAUUCUCGUAACUCUUGCUACGGAUCAAAACAGUUUCGAUGGCUACACCAACUGCUACGUCAUUGAUGGAACAAUUGAAAAUCAAGUACAAGUUUAUCAAGUGGACGAUCUUUUACACAAAAGUCGCCUAACCACAACUUCCAAAUCUGUGACUAUUGUCAGUUUUGACGAAUUAUACUUUCAAUUUGUUUUAAACCCAAUUUCUGAGGCGGCACCUUUCACUAGUUUAACAUCAUCGGCAAUUAAACAAACAGACGAUUAUUUCUACCUCUUGGGGAAUCGAGCAGUGGAAUUUGUGAAUUUUAACUCGGUUGGAAUUUUGAUGGACAACGUGCGCAUGGAUACUGAACCCUGCAACGCUACAGUAGUAUCUGGCCCACCGAACAACUCAUCGAAAAUUCUUCUGGAUCUUUCAACGUACCCAUUAAUGCCUCAGAACUUUAACGUGAAAUAUUUUACAAUAAUUUCUCAUGAGUGUAGAUUUGAGUUCUCUGUCAGGGCUUCUAAUUGGAUUGAAUGA